AAUAUAUUAUAUAAUAUAUAAAUUACGUUAAUACACGAAUAUACAUACACUCACCGACGAUAAAGGUAAAAUGUAAUAAUAUAUAAAAAUAAUUUUGUAUUUCAACCGUGGAAAUUUCACGAGAUGUCAUGGCAUAAUAUUACGUAGGUACCUUAUCGUUUAAAUUAUCGACAAGACAAGUGUGAAGGACGAUAAUGAUUUUAUCGGAUUAUUAUUUAUUAGAUUUUGUUACACCGUUAAAAAUGUCAUGGCGCUGCGUGAAAUCAAAUUUAUUAAAAUGUCCAAGAAUAUUACAAUCUGAAUUGGACUUUUCUGAACCACACGUAAUCACAACACACCUGAUCACAUGUACCAAAGACACAGGGAAAAUCAAUGUCACAAAAUGUGUAAAUGAAAUGCUCCAACUUACAAAACAUAACGAAAAAAUCCAGGACAAAUAUUUUCUGAAGUGGUAGCAAAAGUGGACCAUAACACAAAAGCUCUGAUGCCAGCCGAAGAAAUCGUGAAAAGAAGAUUAAGGAGACAAAAAUCAAAGAACAAUCCAAUAAAUCCUAACUGUCUUAGUCAAUUAGUUAUUGAGAAUGAUUGAUGUUAUUUGGGUGACAAAUCAACACGAUUUUUGUUGCACGAUAACGGAAUUGAUGAAACUGAACGGAUAAUUGUUUUUGCAACAGAUAAUUGUUUAAAAUAUUUAACUGAAGCUUCUACCUGGUACAUGGACGGAAAUUUUUCAAUGGCUCCACUGUUAUUCCAAUUGUACGUCAUUCAUAUUAAAGUAAAUAGUGUUUUUAUUUCUGCGGCUUUUAUUUUACUUAAAAAUAAAACAGAAACUAGUUACGAAGAAAUGCUUCAAAUCAUAAUUCAUAAAUGUGCCGAAAGAAAUUUGUGAAAAUUUGAUAACUUGAUGCAUUUGCAUUUUUUUUUUCUAAUUAUUAUAUUCGAGGCUAAUAUUUAUAGAAAUUCAACUAAUUUCUAUAGUAGUAACAUUGUAUUACAUUUUCAAGCUUUUCGAAUCGAUGACUAUUUUUAGAAAAAAAAAAUAAAAACUUCAAAUGUCCAUAAAUAGCUUGAUUUGUUCAAGGUUUAACGUAUUUAAAAAGUAUGUUUUUAAUGAGUACACAUAUAUAGGGUCGUAUAAAAUAGUUGGGAACGGACAAUCGGAGACACGAAUAAAAAUGAGAAAAACAUCUCCUCAUUUUCCACCAUCUGACUCGAAUGUAAGAGACGCAACAUUAAACAACGGAGAUCGAACUAACAAUGUAUGCGAAGGAUGGAAUAAUCGGUUUUCUAACUUAGUGAAUCACAAGCAUCAAACAAUUUGGACAUUAAUUACUAAGAUAUGGCAUGAAAUGCAGCAGACGAAACCAAAGUAGCACAGCGUCAACUGGGUACCAGAUAUAUUAAAACAUCUUUGCGAAGAGUUCGAUGAUGGAAGUAGAGACAUUCCAAAUUUUUUAAAUGCAAUUGCUUUGCAAAUGCAAACACGUUUUUCUAAAUUUUUAGAAAAUAAUGUAGGUUUAGUCAUUUUUUUAACAAAUUAUUAAAUAUUUUAUUUUAUUG